AAGGCCGUUUUCAUCCUGAGCUGUUGUUGAGGCCUUUGUUAGGCUCCAUGAUAAAGGUCUAAUCUAUCAAGGAUCUUACAUGGUCAACUGGUCCCCUAAAUUACAGACUGCAGUUUCUGACUUGGAAGUAGAGUACUCAGAAGAACCAGGCGCUCUAUACCACAUUAAGUACCGAGUUGCUGGUGGUACAAGGGAUGACUUUCUGACAAUCGCAACCACAAGACCAGAGACUUUAUUUGGAGAUACAGCAAUAGCAGUGAAUCCAGAGGAUGAACGAUAUGCCAAGUACAUAGGAAAGAUGGCUAUUGUACCAAUGACUUAUGGUCGGCAUGUCCCCAUAAUUUCUGAUAAGUAUGUUGAUAAAGACUUUGGAACUGGUGUCUUGAAGAUAAGCCCUGGACAUGAUCACAAUGAUUACCUACUUGCUCGGAAGCUUGGGCUUCCCAUUCUUAAUGUCAUGAAUAAAGAUGGAACACUGAAUGAAGUUGCUGGUUUAUACUGUGGUCUUGAUCGGUUUGAGGCACGGAAGAAACUCUGGUCAGAACUCGAGGAGACAGGUCUAGCAGUGAAAAAGGAGGCCUAUACUAUGCGAGUUCCUAGAUCACAACGUGGUGGAGAGAUAAUAGAGCCUCUAGUAAGCAAACAGUGGUUUGUGACAAUGGAUUCAUUGGCAGAAAAGGCUCUCCAUGCAGUGGAAAAGGGAGAACUAACCAUCCUGCCCGAAAGAUUUGAGAAGAUAUAUAAUCACUGGCUGUCAAAUAUCAAGGACUGGUGUAUAAGCAGGCAAUUAUGGUGGGGGCACCGCAUUCCAGUUUGGUACAUUGUUGGUAAAAAAUGUGAAGACGAGUACAUAGUUGCUAGGAAUGAUGAAGAAGCUCUUGAAAAAGCACGUGAAAAAUAUGGAAAGGACGUCGAAAUAUAUCAAGACCCAGAUGUUCUUGACACCUGGUUUUCAAGUGCACUGUGGCCUUUCAGCACUCUUGGUUGGCCAGAUGUGUCAGCGGAGGAUUUUAAGAACUUUUAUCCUACAUCAGUUCUUGAGACCGGGCAUGACAUAUUGUUCUUUUGGGUAGCAAGAAUGGUGAUGAUGGGGAUUGAAUUCACGGGCACAGUUCCAUUUUCACAUGUUUACCUUCAUGGACUUAUACGAGAUUCUCAAGGCCGCAAAAUGUCUAAAUCGCUUGGAAAUGUUAUAGAUCCACUUGAUACAAUCAAAGAUUAUGGAACUGAUGCUCUAAGGUUCACUCUCUCUCUAGGAACUGCUGGCCAGGAUCUCAAUUUAUCAACUGAAAGGUUGACUUCUACUAAAGCUUUCACCAACAAACUGUGGAAUGGUGGCAAGUUUGUGUUACAGAAUUUGCCUCCUCAAAGUGAUUUAUCAGCUUGGACAGCUAUUCAGGACUAUAAGUUUGAUGAGGAAGAGUCACUGCUCAAGCUACCUCUACCUGAAUGUUGGGUGGUGACAAAACUUCAUAUGCUGAUUGAUGCUGUCACCAUGAGUUAUGACAAGUUCUUCUUUGGAGAUGUUGCCCGGGAAAUCUAUGAUUUUUUCUGGGCUGAUUUUGCUGAUUGGUAUAUUGAAGCAAGUAAAGCCCGGCUCUAUCAAGGAGAUGACUCAGUUGCUUCUGUGGCACGAGCAGUUCUCUUGUAUGUCUUUGGAUCAAUACUGAAAUUACUUCACCCAUUUAUGCCAUUUGUAACUGAAGAGCUUUGGCAGUCAUUACCCAACAGAAAAGAAGCUCUUAUAGUAUCAGCUUGGCCAUCAACUUCUCUUCCAAGGCAAGCCGAAUCCGUGAAGAAAUUUGAGAAUUUACAGGCUUUGACGAGAGCAAUUCGAAAUGCACGGGCAGAGUACUCUGUUGAACCAGCAAAGCGUAUAUCCGCAUCAAUUGUUGCAAAUGCAGAGGUUAUCCAGUAUAUUUCUAAAGAAAAGGAUGUUUUGGCUCUUCUCUCUAGACUGGAUUUGGAGAACGUAAGCUUUACCCAAUCUCCCCCAGGAGAUGCUAGUCAAUCAGUCCAUCUUGUUGCCAGUGAAGGUUUAGAAGCAUACCUUCCACUUGCUGACAUGGUAGAUAUCUCGGCUGAGAUGCAGCGCCUUUCCAAGCGCCUAGCUAAAAUGCAAACCGAAUAUGAUGGACUUAUGGCUCGCUUAAGCUCUCCAAGUUUUGUUGAGAAAGCUCCUGAGGAUAUUGUCCGUGGGGUUCGAGAAAAAGCAGCAGAAGCAGAAGAGAAAGUAACUUUAACAAGAAACCGGCUAGCUUUUCUCCAGUCCACAACGCUCAUGCCAAAUCAAGCUCAAUGAAGUCCGAUAUUUCCAACCUGUACUCGUCUUAUUCUAUCACGCUUCUGGUAAAGAUGACUCACGAUGCAUCACAUGGAUGGUCUAAUUUUCAUGUACAAGAUCAACCUUAUCGUCGUCCUUGUGCAGUUUGCUCGGAUCUCUCGAAUACAGCCAAAGUUAGUGAUCUUCUACUCUGAAAUAUGAAUUGAUGUAUAGCUAUUUUGGUUCCAUUUCUUUAGCAUAUUCUGUUCUAUAAUGUUUGAUUCUUCAAGAAAUAGAGAAUUUGGAGAUGCAAAUUACUAAUUGUUACGGAACAAUUGAACAUGAUAUGGAUUAAAUGUUUUAAAUGUGCCAAAUUUUUGGGUAUUCAGACAGAGUCGAGA